AUGAGCACGAGUACAGCUCCGUCGUCGGCAUCGUCAGACGCCGACUCACUCAAUCACGACGAAAAUCCAAUCAAAGCGGUGAUCUUUGAUUACGGAGAGGUGAUGUGGAUGCAGUCGCGGAAUGUGCAUGUUUAUAGAAGUAAGGGACAGAGUUUGCAAGGCCUACAGAACGUUGACAGCUUUCAGAAAUCGAAGAGAACAACAAACUGUUCGAUAACUCAUUGAUCCCGACGCUGGUGAGUAAGGAGCUGGCUCACAUUCUGCCGAAAGGGUUUCAAGAAGACUUGCUCACUGGAAUAUACACAGCGAAAGAUUUUGAUAGGCUUUUUCUGACAGCUUACAAUCGGAAGGUUAGUUUUUUGCUGAACACUUACUGAAACUGACUGAUAUUAGAGAUGAACGCCGCUUUCGUCCAAAAUUUUAUAAAAUUUCGAGAUUCAUCUAGUGAAUAAUGUAUAACAGCAUGUCCAGCAGACAUAUCCUCAUUAAAGUUGCAUUUCAGUACGGCUCUCAAGUAGAAAAGCUCAAGUUUUUCUCAGCGACGGAAUACGACAACGACGCUGUCUACGUAAGUGUCUCUUUCCCACAUUUGUCGCCUCACCCACUCCAUUCUUCUUCAAGGAAGAGGCCGUCUUGACAGCAUGCCGAAAGCUUCGAGAAAAAAGAAUAAAAACUAUUUUGAUGCUGGACACAUACCACGUGGACGAAAAGAGGAACGGACGACGCAUUCCCAACAUGGAUAAGUACUUUGACUUUGUCAUCGAAUCCUGCAAAGAGGGUGUCAAGAAACCCGAUCCUCGCUUCUAUCAAAUAGCGUUGGAUCGUGCGGAUUUGACUCCAGAAGAAGUCAUCUACGUGGAUGACUCGAAGAUCAAUUGUGAAAGUGCGGCGGUGCUAGGAAUGCGGUACAUUCAGGUGUUCAACAGUAUGGACAUGCUCGAGGACCUUCAAGAGAUCCUCGGCUUUGAUUUGGACUAA